CAUAACAGAAACGCCACCAAACGUAGCUUGACUGCAAGUUCUUGCAAAGAGGAAGAAGAAAGGAGAGGAAUAGAUGCUGGGGGAAACAAAGAGGCUGACUAUUAAUGGAUUUAGCUUUAUCACUGGAAAACUGGCCCACAAAUAAAGGCCCAAUGUAAACAUGAAGCCGUUGGGCCAUCGCGUUCCAGGUCUACGCUGAUGAAGAAUCUCAGAUUCUGAACUCUGGAGUCAACAACGGUUUCCGCUUUCGAAGCCAAACAAACUACCUGAAUUCGGAAAGACACGUUGUGACCUUGAGAGGCAAACGUUAGAAGAAAAAAAAAGGUGAAAAUUUCAGUAUGAGUCUCUCUUUCUCGUCAGAACAUUUCCUUCCUUUUCCUUCACCUCUGCAACUCUUUCAACUCAAAACCUCAUAAACAGAAGAAAAGCAGAAAUAUUAUUGGAAGAAGUAGAGAAAAACCCUGGCCUUGCACAAGGAAUUUGUGUUGUUUUCUCCCAGAAAUCUCUUUACAGGCCAGUGGGGUGAGUUAGUUUGUGAUUCUCAACCAAACCCAAAUAAAGACGGCAGGAGAAAUUAGGAAAUGCCAAACAUUGGCCAAGACUACAGCCCUAGGUUUUCCGUUGAUGGUGUUCUAGCAGGUUCCCCUACUUUCACUCCUUUGUGUAGCAAUGUUGGAACUCUCCGGAGCUUCUCUUACCUCAAGCUUCCUCAACAGCUCUUCAAGCUCUCUAUUCUCAAAUUGGAUGGUUCUUCCUUUGAUGUUCAAGUUGCCGGGACGGCGUCAGUCGAUGAACUCAAGCAGGCGAUAGAGGAUUCCUUUAAUUUGUCUCCGAAGGAAGGUCAAGGCAAAAUUUCCUGGUCACAUGUAUGGGGUCAUUUCUGCUUAUGCUUUGAAGGUCAGAAACUACUUAACGACAAGGCUUACAUCAGAAGUUUUGGGAUCAAGGAUGGUGAUCAGCUUUGUUUUAUUCGGCAUCUUUCAAUCAACUACAACCCAGUGAAGAAUUCUAAAAGUUGUACCGAUUACGAACAAGAAACAAGUUUCUCAUCAGGAUCGGAUUCUCUUGAAGAGAAGGAACUGCACGGAGAAGAAGGUGAAGAUUACAAUGCAUGUUGUGGUGAUCAAGAAGGGAAGGAUAAGUACUCCCGCAAUGAAGAUGGCGAGAGCCAAGAUUUUAUUUGCCACACAGAAUUCAAAUUAGCUCACUUCCUUAGAGGUUGGCUCUCAUACUCAAGAUUGUGGAGCAGGGGGAACCUGAGAACACGUAGCAAAUCUCUCAGCUCAAGGUUUGCAGGGGAUUACUUAAGAGUUGGGGCAAAGGAGACUCUGCUUUGAAGGAAAUAAUUAUAACCCCGUAAGGAGGCUCCUCAAAAGGGGAAAAGUUCUGCAUCUAUGUUAGUCAUCCAUAAAAGAUGCACAAACAUGAACCUUUGAUGCCAGGUCUAUUGUUCGAGCUUCGCUGUGACAUCACUUCGAAAAGUUCAAAAGCUGAUUGGAGAUUCUGAUUACAAAUCAAUGAUAAAGCUUACUUUGAUGGGCAAAAACUUGCUGCAAUUGAAAUGGAGAAGAGAAUUGCAGUGGUUUUGAUGGGCACACAGAAACUCCUUUUGCCUUGUUCUGAAACAAAGAAUCGGUAAUUUUGUUUUGACUUAAAUGUUUCAAGUCAGAACCAUCCGAUUGUAUUGGAUCACCAAUGCUAUUUGUUAAUCAUUAGUAUGGCAGCUCAACAGUGAAGUUAAUUUCUAUUGGUAAUAUUAGUAGUUGUUUCUCA